UUGGGCUAGUCUGGGAAAGCUGAGCACUUGGAGCAGUUUGGUCUCAUCCACGUCAACAGCUGGGAGGAAACCGAGACCAGCAGCAUUACAGCAUUAACCGGCUGGAGAAAAGCUUCUGGAGGAAAUCAGUCAGAUCUGAGAUCCAGUCUUCACUGCCAUCGGCUUUCUUUUUGCCUCUUAAUAUUUUGAGAGAGAAAUAAUUACAUUUAGCCCUAAACCACAACUUCCUUCAGCCUGGUCCUAGUUAAAGCUGCGUGUCUGGAGUUUAAAGGAGUGUUUCUGAUCAGUGCUCCGGUGGGGUUUGUUUGUUUUUUCGCGAGGCGAUGUUUAACAGUUAGAAGUAAAGUAAAGGAAAGUAAAGUAAAAGGAAAGGAAAGUAAAGCGGAGUCUGUGGAUUAGUUAGAGAUUCUCGGCAGAAUGUGGCUUUGUGCUGCUGCGCUGCCGGAGCUGCUGCUGCUGCUGCUGCUGCCCCCGCGGCUGAGCGCUCAGGCCCCGGCCGCAGAGCCGCGCCUCAACCCGGAGGCGUGGCUCCAACAGUAUGGGUACCUUCCUCCAGGUGAUCUCCAUAUACAAGCACCCCGUUCACCUCAAUCCAUUUCCUCUGCUAUUACUGCAAUGCAAAGGUUCUAUGGCCUGACUGUCACGGGAAAAUUGGACCCUAACACACUGAAGGCAAUGAGGAGGCCUCGCUGUGGUGUUCCAGAUAAGUUUGGAGCAGAGCUUAAGAGCAACUUGAGAAAGAAAAGAUAUGCUAUCCAGGGACUGAAAUGGGAAAAGAAGGAGAUCACAUUCUGCAUACAGAACUACACGCCUAAGAUUGGGGAGUAUGAGACCUAUGAGGCGAUCAGAAAAGCUUUCAAAGUGUGGGAGAGUGUCACCCCUUUACGAUUUCGAGAGAUCCCUUACAGUUACAUUAGGCACAAGACUACUGACUUUGCGGAUAUUAUGAUCUUCUUUGCUGAGGGUUUUCAUGAUGAUGCCAGUCCAUUUGAUGGCGAGGGUGGGUUCUUAGCACAUGCCUACUUUCCUGGAAAUGGCAUAGGAGGAGACACGCACUUUGACGCUGCAGAGCCCUGGACAAUUGGAAACCGAGACUUGUGGGGUAAUGAUGUUUUCCUGGUGGCUGUGCAUGAGCUGGGUCAUGCAUUGGGUAUGGAGCACUCAAAUGACCCCUCCGCCAUCAUGGCACCUUUCUACCAAUGGAUGGACACAGAAAACUUUGAGCUUCCGGACGAUGAUCAUCGUGGCAUUCAGCAGCUUUAUGGACCCAACCCUAGUGGCCAUCCUCGACCCUCGGUUAGCCCCCGCACCCCUUACCGUAUCCCUCAUCCCUCUGACACUCCACGCAAGCCAGAAGUACCUCACUUUGGCCCUGAUAUCUGUGAAGGUCACUUUGACACCAUUGCUAUUCUGAGAGGAGAAAUGUUUAUCUUCAAGAAUAAAUGGUUGUGGCGUCUUCGCAAUCACCGGGUUAUGGAAAAUUAUCCAAUGCCAAUCGGACAUGUCUGGAGAGGUCUACCUACGUCAAUUGAUGCUGCCUACGAGAGAGAGGAUGGCAAAUUUGUCUUUUUCAAAGGUAACCGACAUUGGGUAUUCAGUGAAGCAAAUCUGGAGCCAGGCUACCCAAAGACACUGAGAGCGAUGGGCAGAGGCCUCCCUCAGGACAGAAUUGAUGCUGCCCUUUUCUACACACCUACGGGCAACACCUACUUCUUCAGAGGAAAUAAAUAUUAUCGAUAUAAUGAAGAGCGGCAAUCAGUGGACCCGGACUACCCUAAACCCAGUAGCAAGUGGCAGGGCGUCCCUGAUGACAUCAAAGCAGCUUUCAUGAGCCGAGACCAAAGUUUCACGUAUUUCUACAAAGCCAAUAAAUACUGGAAGUUCAACAACCAGCUGAUGAGAGUGGAGCCUGGUUACCCCAAGUUUGCCCUAAGUGAUUGGGUCGGCUGUCCAGAUGAGGACACUAACACAGGUGGAGGUCGAACAGGUGGUGGAACCGAUGACCGUAACCAGGACAAAGAGAAUAAAGAAGAAGAAGAAAAAUUGGACAAGACGGAAGUCAUCGUCAUUGAGGUGGACAACGCUCCUGGUGAUGGAAGUGGAAUGGCAGCAGUCGCGGUGCCGCUCAUGCUGCUGGUGUGUUUAAUUUGCACUCUGGCAGCCUUGAUCUUUUUCCGCAAGUAUGGCACUCCACGUCAUCUUCUCUACUGUCAGCGUUCCCUACUAGACAAGGUGUAGAGGGGUGAAGAGGAGAGGAGGAUGAAGAUAAAGGUACAGGUACAGGAAGUAUGGUAUAUAUUAUAUUAUUUCCAUACUUUGAAGUUGUUAACCUUAGUUUUGCAAAAUAUGAAUAAUAAAAAGCAGUUGAGAUAUUUUUCUGCAUAUAAAAACUUAUAUAGACGUUAGACCAUCUUGUCUCUGGCCACAAGAACCUUCCCACUUAAAACCUUAUGUAGACGUAUGGUAGAGUGCUAGUAUGGCUGGCCUGAGAGCACAGAGCAGUGCACGGUCGUUAAGACAGUCCAAGCUGCCCUGAGUUACAUGCACAGAAGGGUAUUAAGAGUGAAGCGAAUGUGCAGGGAUGUUUCCGCAACCACAGAGCAGUGAGACAAACCAUUAGAAAUUAUAAAAAGUCUAAAAAGUGAAGUUCCACUUCAUCAGGGGGAAAGUCCACAAGUCAGGCUUUUUUUUUUUUUUUUUUUAAACUUGUGUUUGCGCUAUAUAAUAAGUUAAUAUAUGAAAGUCUCUGCCAUCUUGGGAAUUCUUCUACGAAUCAGAACAAGUUCUGCGUUGCCAGAAUAAAAGUGAUUUUACACUAAUCAUUGUAACUGUGUGUGACCGUUCCUGUAAGUGGACAUUCCCUUUUGUCCCCACCCCAAAGUCUCAAAAAAUCAACUUUACUUUUGAGGAAAGUGUAGAACGACUGAGGGAAAAUGAAGAGUGCAUGUGUCGAUGCUUAGAGAUGUUCUCACAUACGAAACCUCUCUGCAUGUGUCACUGCUUCAUGCUUCUGAAACUUUCUUUGCAUGUAACGCACGGCACCUUGUGCUCUCUAACAGCCAUGCUCGGAUAUAUGCAGUGUGGGGUCAGGUUGUUCAUUCUCAAAACGAUCUAGUAAAUAAAUUGUUUAAUUGUAAUGCUGUGGACACAAGAAAAAACAAUCUGAUAUAAAUUACUAGAUUUGAUAUCCCUAAUUAAUUAUUUUCAUUACUUAUAAAGGAGUUAUUUUGUAGUGGAAAAAUCAUUUCAAUCGUUUUCUAUUUAGAAUCAUUUUCAGUAAAAGUGCUCUACAAAUUCCUAAUAACCAAAAGCAGAUGUACAAUACAAUAGAUGUCUUAGAUAGACAGCAUGUCUUAAAACAUUCCAGAUUAUUAAUUCUAUAUAAUUGGACAAUAUGGCACCAUUUUCUCCCAUUGUGUGUUUUUGAAGCUGUUUUUGCGUCGAAACGCAAAGUGACCAUCUUGCAAAAACUGGAGCCAGAGUCUGCACAGCAGAAACCCUGGAGCCAGAGCAUGAGCAGUAGAUAUGGCCGGACAGGCAGUGGGUCCGCGUACACACGCGCACGUCCUCAAUAAAUUACCCAAAGUGCAACUUAAAAUGGUGCAUCAGCUAACUCGAAGUGGCAAGUACAGCGCUAGUGAUAAAUGUCAAAUGCUAAACGAAAAUAUCUCCGAGCUUUGAAUCAUGACUGACUGACCUAGCAUUUGCUAGCUAGCUAACAGUAUCCAUCAUCAAAGUAAUAUAAGUAGUGAAUGUAAGAUAGCAACUAAAAUGUACUGUUAAACAGCAGUCAACAUUUACACUCAACACAUUUUUAAAGAAAAAAUCGCUGUUCUGUGAUUUCAUCUAGCUCUAACCAUCGGAAUGAAGGAGUGCUGUUGGAUCCUCGGCUCGUUUUGUCUGUGCAGUUCGUUUAAGGAGGACUGACUGGCUAAUGUUAAGAUAUUCUGAGGUCAUACGGUCAAUAAAUCAAUAAAUUUAAAUAGUGUUAGCUGCCUUGUUUGUGCCAUUCCUGUAAUAUCAGUACCACGAGCUAGCUUAGACAGCACAAUGAGUAACAUACUGGAAAGACUGCAGAGAGCUUCCACCAUACUGAACCCUGUGAAUGAGCCGUUACUGUAGAAACGAUAACGUAUUAGCCUAUCAUUCAUGUUAUACACACACACACACACACACACACACACACAGACAGACUUGCGCCCAACCGUAAACUCCACACUGCGGUUUUUGUGGGAAUUUGCCUGAAACUAUUUUUAAACCAGUAUUAUUUUCUGACAUUGAAAAAUAAAAUAUGGAUAAAUUGUGAUUAUGAUAAACAUUUUAUGAUCGCUGAUUAAUCAGUUUAUCAUAAUCAUAAAAUGUUUAUCAUAGAUGUAUUACACAGACAUGUUUGUUAAUUAAUGUAAUGUGUUUGUCAGGCACAAAACUUUGUUUACUGCCUAAAUAAAACCACUCAAAUUUUAGACGUUUCUGUAUAUUCUAAUAAAUGGGCUGAAAAUUUGUUUUUAUGAUCAUAUUUUUUUUCUUUCACUUGUGUUUUUUUUUUUUUUUUUUUUUGUAAAAAAAAUAAUUUAAAAAAAUACUAAGAAUAAUAAUAAUAACUGUGGGGGGGUCUGGCUUUUUUUUUUUUUUUUUUUUUCCAGUCUUCUGGUGUAUUCAUUGACAACCAGUCUUUUUUUUUUUUUCCUUUGUUUUCUUUUUAUAACCUAAUGUAGUCAUGGUUAUUUGUCUCUUUUUAUAAACUCUAACUGUUGUGUGUUGUAAGUGUGUAACAUUGAGACGACUCUUCAGGUCUUUUACGUCACCUGAUUUUUGAUUUCAUUUGGCCAUAUUUCCUGCUCUGGUAAAAUUGCUGACAUGUAGCUUAUUCUCUCACACACAGCGUUUAGGGUUAAAGUAACUGUGUGAGUAUACUAUGCAUUUUCACUAAUAUUCCUUAACAUUGUACUGUCUUCAUCAUAAUAUGAUUAUUGAUGAUGUCAUUAUUACUUGUACUUAUUAUUACUUGUAACAUUCUGUCAAUGAAAUGAAUGUUUUUCUAAUGUUGGCAGUAGGAUGUCCUGCUGGACAGGCAAAACCCAUCAUGCAGUGGCCUUAAUUUUUUUUGAAUUUCUGAAUUUAUUUCUGAAUUUAAGAAAUUAAAUAAAGACAAGAAGAAACAACUAAUA